GGACGUCGCCCCGUGUCGAUCGCCGCCUCGUCCAAUGGCAGCCGUGUUAUUGCCGAGCCAUAGUAUUAUGCUAAUCGAUGUUUUGCUCGGGCGCCACUCCGCGUAGAGCUUUAAAAAGCGCAGCAGCCCCGGAGCGAAGUCGGGAGGGCCCGAAAGAGGCAGCGGGGUGGACGAUCCGUUCGGGCUCGGGAGCCAGGCCAGGCAUUCGCGGCGCCUCUUCCUCCUCCUGCUUCGCCUCGUUCCCUUCGGCGGCGGCGGCGAUGUCGAGCGUGGACCUGUCCGCUAGCGCCUGGGCCCUGGAGCGGCUGGCGGCGCGGCGCGCUUUCCCUUCGGAGGCGCGGACGGGCGCGUGCCGGAGCCUCUUCGGCCCCGUGGACCACGAGCAGCUCCACCGCGAGCUCCGGGACCAGCUGCGCCAGAUCCGGCAGGAGAGCCAGCGCCGGUGGGAGUUCGACUUCCACACCGGAGCGCCCCUCGCGGCUGGGCAGCGGGACCAGGCGCGCUUCCAGUGGGAGGAGGUGGACGCCGCCGCCCUGCCCGCCUUCUACCGGGAGACCCUGCUGCCCGGAGCGGGCUCCCUUCGCCGCCGCCUCCGCUGCCACAAGGGCAAGGCGCCCCAGGAGGAGCAGGAGGAGCCCGAGAGCCACGGAGGCACCGAGCCGCCGCCUUGCCCGCUCGCCGCGCGGAGCCACGAAGGAGCGGACGCCGCCGCCGCCGAGAAGCAGGAGAGCGGCUGCUAUUCAGGGAUGCCCCUUACGCCCCUCCCGGGGGUGGCCAAGAGGACGAGGGUCGCCCACAUCACCGAUUUCUUCGCCAAGCGGAAAAGAGUGGCCGCAGACGCCAGCAGCGCGUUGGCCUUGGAGCAGACGCCCCGGAAAAGGCUCCGAUGAGCGAGAUUUUGCACUAUAGGACACCGAAGUGAGUGAUUGUUUCCUUGGAAACGCCAGGGCUGGAGCCAAGGCCCCUUCCUCCUCUCCCUACACGUCAAAGGGACCCACUGGGAGGGAAGGACAGCGAAGGGAGUGGGGGCGGAGACCAUCGUUCCUCUCUCCUCUUCCAUUCGUCCCCCAGAAGGAACUGCUUGUACCUCCAUGUAGCAAAAGUGGCUGACCUGCAAGCCACCUGACGGAGCAGUGUUAAUUUACAACUGUGCAAUGUAUUAUGUUUUAUAUAUAUAUUAAAAAUAUGUAUUAUGCCUAAUGUGAGUACACUGGCCAGAAGUGUAAAAGCUUUAAAGUCACUUAUAUAAAUGUUUAAUCUCUGCUGAUUUCUCAGUGCAAACAAAUUGUAUAUUUGUACAAAAAAUACAAACAACUUAAGAGUUCUACUAACUUAUAUUUUCUAUUUAUGUCAAAAAGGUGGAUAACUUUGGUUGAAGCCUUGUAGUCUAUUCUGUGUUUUUUUUUCUUAUUUGGUUAAGCCAAAGGGCACUAUAUAUUUGCUUUUUUUGUUAUUUACAAAAAUGUAAAUUUAUUUUUAUAGUGGGGUUUUUUUGCAUUCACAAAAUGUAGCUAUGAAUCAAAAUUACUUUAGUUAUUACUUGAAAAAAAUAUCUGGUAACUAUGGUUCCUGAGCCAGUCUGUACCACUGCCGUUGCCAAUUUAUGCCACAAUGUUAAAAAUAAAAAAGGAAUCCAAUGACCCUU